UGGCCACAGACCUCAGCACCGUCGACAUCUCAAGCGAGGCAGCCAAGUCACUCGGCUUCAUCUAUGUCUCUGGCCACGGCAUCUCCUCUAGCUUGCUCAGUCAAAUAUGGACCUUGGUACGCUUAUCAUACCAGGACCUCUCCAGUGAGCUGAUGUGUCUAGUCUCGAGCACUCUUUGCCUUGCCAGAUUCUGAAAAGGAGCCAUUCGCUAUAGACGCAUCUAACUUUGGAUGGUCAAGGAUGCAUUCUGAAAAACUAGAUCCUGCUACACAGCGCAAAGGUGACUUCAAGGAAGCCUUCAAUCUCGAUGUCUCCUCGAAUGCACAUCAGCCAUUGCCAAGGGUGCUUCAAGCUGAGAAGGCCGUCUUGGCAGAGUUUGAAGCCUGUUGUCGACAAGUCACAACACGUCUCCUUGACCUUCUUGCACUUGGGCUUGGUAAAGAACCAGACUUCUUCAGCAGCAAGCACAAUGCCUCUAAGCCAUCCGGGACAGUCUUGCGAUUGCUAUACUAUCCUGCUAUAGAUGAGCGCUUUGAGCAAGGUGAUAUUCGAGCAGGUGCACAUACAGACUAUGGAACACUCACGUUACUGUUUGUCAAAGCUGGUGGAUCAGGUCUUGAAGUGAGACCACCGUACAGUGCGACAGACGCAUGGCAAGCGAUUCCACCCCCAGCUGAGGCAAGGACUGAUGAGGACUGUGUGCCCAUUCUAGUCAAUGUAGCGGAUCAGCUGGAGCUCUGGACAGAUGGACUCCUCAAAUCAACGCUCCAUCGAGUGAUGGCCACAGCAGACAAGGGCGACCGGUACUCCAUUGCGUACUUCUGCCACCCGGACGAUGACACGGUGCUGUCGAUGAAACCGAAUGAAACAAACCGUGCUGUGCGUGAGGAGGAGAUUACAGCGGGCGAGCACCUGAAACGGAGACUGGCUGCGACGUAUGAGUAUUAGCAGGCUGUCUGCCAGUCUAUAGUCUAUAGUACUUGUCUACUGUAUACUUUUGGUAGAUGCUGAGUCAGCC